UAUAAUUUUUGAAUUAAUAUAUAUUCUUAUUGUCAUGACUAGUAAGUUAUCUAUCAAGAUGAUAGUUCACAAGAAUUGAAAUUAUUUUUAUAUACAAUAUAAAAGCUUCCCCAUACAAGCCAUCCACCCAUCAGUCAUCACUAUGGCCACUACUGUGACCACCGCGGAUUACUACCCAGAAAUCGCGGUUUCUUCAUCGACACAUGAUGGCCUUGAGUUCUGGCAAUUUAUGGUAGCUGGCUCAGUUGCUGGCUCUAUUGAACACAUGGCUAUGUUUCCAGUUGACACCCUUAAAACAAGAAUGCAAGCUAUUGGUUCAUCAUCCUCAGCUUCUUUUUCAGCUCCAGUGAUCAAUCUCCGACAAUCACUCAGCUCAAUUUUGAAGAUUGAGGGUCUUGCUGGACUGUAUAGAGGGGUUGCCGCGAUGGGUAUUGGUGCAGGGCCAGCCCAUGCAGUGUACUUUUCAGUUUAUGAGACUUUCAAGAAAUCUUUAUUAGCUCAUGGGAACCCUAAUACUUCAGCUGUCCAUGCUGUGUCUGGAGUUUUCGCCACAGUUGCUAGUGAUGCUGUGAUCACACCAAUGGAUGUGGUGAAACAGAGGUUGCAGUUGAAGAACAGCCCUUAUAAAGGAGUGUGUGAUUGUGUGAAAAGAGUCUUGUUUGAUGAGGGAUUUGGAGCUUUUUAUGUGUCUUAUAGGACUACUGUUUUGAUGAAUGCACCUUUUACAGCUGUUCAUUUUGCAACAUAUGAGGCUGCCAAAAAAGGGUUGAUGGAGCUUUCACCGGAUAGUGUGGCGGAUGAUGAGACCUUGUUGGUUCAUGCUACAGCUGGUGCAGCUGCUGGUGGAUUGGCUGCUGCUAUUACGACUCCUCUUGAUGUUGUCAAGACUCGGCUUCAGUGUCAGGGCGUCUGUGGAUGUGAUCGAUUUACUAGCUGUUCGAUUGGUGAUGUCAUACAAAGCAUUGCAAAAAAGGAUGGUUAUGGCGGGCUCAUGAGAGGGUGGGCUCCAAGAAUGCUUUUCCAUGCACCUGCUGCUGCAAUAUGCUGGUCUACUUAUGAAGCAGCAAAAAGUUUCUUUCAAGAACUUAAUGGAAGAACCAAUCCUGAUUGAUCGACUGAUAGGGGAUGUCGUGUUUGCUAAAACCAAUCGCAAUCUGGAAUCUGAGGGGAAAUAUUAAUUGUUUACACUUGAUGAACAAUAGGUCAAGCAGAAGCUUGCACAACCUGAACAUUAGUAAUCUCAAUAAUCAUAUGGAGAAUUUGGGGCUAAAUUGCAAAUUGUGAAAAUGCUGUAAAUCAUCUACCUUCACCAGCCCUGCAUCCAUAUUUGUACUAAAUGGUUAUAUUAUACUACUUUAUUCUAUCUC